AUGAACGCCAGCGGCCCGGGCUACCCGCUCGCCUCGCUCUACGUGGGCGACCUGCACCCCGACGUGACCGAAGCCAUGCUGUACGAGAAGUUCUCGCCCGCCGGCCCCAUCCUGUCCAUCCGCGUGUGCCGCGACGUGGCCACCCGCCGCUCGCUGGGCUACGCCUAUAUCAACUUCCAGCAGCCGGCGGACGCGGAGCGGGCACUGGACACAAUGAACUUUGAAGUGAUCAAAGGCCAGCCCGUCCGCAUCAUGUGGUCGCAGCGAGACCCCGGACUCCGCAAGUCGGGUGUGGGCAACAUCUUCAUCAAGAACCUGGAGGACUCCAUUGACAACAAAGCCUUAUAUGACACGUUCUCCACCUUUGGGAACAUCCUCUCUUGCAAGGUGGUAUGUGACGAUCACGGCUCCCGAGGCUUUGGCUUUGUCCACUUUGAGACCCAUGAGGCAGCGCAGCAGGCCAUCGCCACCAUGAACGGGAUGCUGCUGAAUGACCGCAAAGUCUUCGUCGGCCACUUCAAGUCCCGACGGGAGCGGGAAGCAGAGCUGGGAGCGCGGGCCGUGGAGUUCACCAACAUUUACGUGAAGAACCUCCAUGUGGAUCUGGAUGAGCAGGGCCUGCAAGACCUCUUCUCCCAGUUUGGGAAGAUGCUGAGUGUGAAGGUGAUGAAGGAUGAGAGCGGCCACUCCCGAGGCUUUGGUUUUGUCAACUUUGAGAAGCAUGAGGAAGCCCAGAAGGCGGUGAUGGACAUGAAUGGGAAGGAGGUGAGCGGGCGGCUGCUGUACGUGGGCCGGGCCCAGAAGCGGGUGGAACGGCAGAAUGAGCUGAAGCGCAGGUUUGAGCAGAUGAAGCAGGACCGGCUGACCCGUUACCAGGGUGUGAACCUGUACGUUAAAAACCUGGAUGACUCCAUUGAUGAUGAGAAGCUGAGAAAAGAGUUCUCUCCCUAUGGAGUGAUUACCAGUGCUAAGGUGAUGACAGAGGGUGGCCACAGCAAGGGGUUUGGCUUUGUGUGUUUUUCCUCUCCAGAAGAGGCGACCAAGGCCGUGACCGAGAUGAACGGGCGCAUCGUGGGCACCAAGCCGCUGUACGUGGCACUGGCCCAGCGCAAAGAGGAGCGGAAAGCCAUCCUCACCAACCAGUACAUGCAGCGUCUCUCCACGGUGCGGGCCCUGGGUGGCCCCCUCCUGGGCUCCUUCCAGCAGCCCGCCAGCUACUUCCUGCCUGCCAUGCCCCAGCCUCCAGCCCAGGCUGCGUACUACGCCUCUGGCCCCCCCAUGCAGCCCUCCCCCAGGUGGACAGCCCAGCCUCCGAGACCGUCCUCCAUCUACCCUCCAGGUGCCUCUGUGGUCCGGCCACCAGCCAUGUUGCGGCGCCCCCCGGCCCAGGUUGGCGGUGUCAGGCAGGCCUCUACCCAGGUGCCGCCCCUGGUGCCCCACGCCCAAAGAGUGGCCCACAUUGGUACCCAGACCACAGGAGCCGGCGGGGCCGGAUAUUCUACCCCAAGCGGGCCUCUCCUGACACACAAAUACUCCACAGCAACACACAACCCUGGGGUGGAGGAGCCCGCUGUGUGCAUCCCGGGACAGGAGCCCCUGACGGCGUCCAUGCUGGCUGCAGCGCCGCUACAUGAGCAAAAGCAGAUGAUUGGUGAGCGUCUGUACCCCCUUAUCUACGAUACCCACACCCAGCUGGCCGGCAAGAUCACGGGCAUGCUACUGGAGAUCGACAACUCGGAGCUGCUGCUCAUGCUGGAGUCCCCAGAGUCCCUCAAUGCCAAGGUGGAAGAGGCCUUGGCAGUGCUGCAGGCACACCAGGCCACAGAGCUGACGACUGUGAAUGUGCUCUGAGACCAGAAAAUGGAAUCCUCCCUCCCCUGGCUGACAACAGAAUGGCGUUUCCUGUUCUUG